AUGAAUCGCUUGAUUAAGAAUGAGAAUGCAGCUAUCAGUGCUUAUGAGAAGGCCGGUCGCGAGCGUGUGUCCACUGCGAAAGAGCUCUCCGACUGGGGGGAGGCCACGGAAGACGACGCCGUAUCAGACAUCACUGAUAAACUGGGUGUGUUACUCGCCGAGAUGGGUGAUCAGGAGGAGAUUUUUGCGGCUUAUCUGGAGGAGUAUCGGAUUGUGCUCAAGCACAUUCGCGAAACGCAAAACUCCGUUCAGCCGUCGCGGAACCAUCGAGCCAAGAUCCAGGACGAUAUCGCGAAGCUGAAGAUAAGGGACCCGGAGAGUAUCAGGUUGGAGACACUAGAACAGGAACUUGUGAGAGCGGAAGCGCAGAGCUUGGUUGCUGAGGCUCAGUUGACCAAUAUGACCAGGGCCAAACUCAAGGAGGCUUUCGACAUCCACUUGGCCGCGGUCAUUGAGAGAGGUGAAAAGCAGAUCUUGCUCGCCCGCCAUGCCCGGCGUCUGCUUGGUAUCCUCGAUGACUCUCCUGUUGUCCCAGGGGAGCCUCGGAAAGACUAUGACCGUGGCGAUGAGGCGAGUCAGAUUAUUCAAGAUGCCGAGAGGGGUCUCCGCUCCUGGGAGAGUACCACAGUGCCUAUCCCGACCUCGGCUGGACACAUUCAUGAUAGCACACUUCUUCCAGCCCCGGCAGCUCGUGCGGCUCGGGAUAGCCAAGCACUAACCGUCGGCUCGUCUGAAGUAGAUGGCCGUGAGAUAUCUGCUUCGACUAGGGAUAUUAAUGGCUCGGCUUCAGAUGUUCGUUACACUGAGGAAUAUCUUCCCGAGACUCAAGGCACCAACGAAUAUGUCCAUGAGUAUGGCUCUGGGACUCAGGAGGCUGUUGCGCCUGUGAUCGAAGCCCAGCAGUACCAAGAGCCUGCAACAGCGCCUGUUGAGCCAACUAGGGAUACGUAUAGUGGACCUAGUAAUGCUAUCACUUACAUUCCGGGAACUAAGCAACGUGUUGAUACCGCCACUGGAGCCGGGGGUUACGGGGAGUCCAGUACGCAGGGGGCUAGGGGCGUAUAUGGCUCCACUCCCGAUGCUACCGGGUAUACAUCUGGAGCCCAGGACACUAUUCCGGGAACAAAAGAACACGUUGGGCCCACCAGUGCAGCUAGAAGCUGGGACGAAUCUGCCACAGAUGUGUCCGAGGAUUUCAAUGAAAACGCAGGGAGCGGUAGAAGCAUCGAUGACUCCAUCACAGGUCCGACUCAGCGUUUUGGCGAGCCCUCCACUGAGCUGACGGAAGGAACUGAGGCAACAAAAGUGACAGAGGCUACGGAUGAUGCCAAUGGGUCUAUUCGGGAAAAGCUCCAAGAGCAGCCCCAGGCAGCUUUGGGCAUCCCUCAAACCGUCGCUGUCCCAUAUUAA